AUGAUUGAUCCUCCCGACCAGGUUGAGGUCGAUCAACGGGAACCCCCUAUAAACGGUGGGCCAUUGAGUAAACUGACGACACUGCAAUCGGCCGCGUUGUCGAUGGCGCGGAAAAAGAAGAGCGAACCUGCUGAGUUGACGCCAAGUGAAGAUUUGGAUCUUUCAGAAUUUCCAGAAAAACCUCCUCCACGGUUGCCUGUCGAACCCACUUAUCGAGGCUGGAGAGAGGUCGGAGGCUACGAAGAUGAGGAUGCACUUACAUUAGAUGACGAUGUGGUGGAUUUGCUUUCGAAAGCGUCGUUUUUGGACACAUAUCUCCCUGCUUCCGCCUAUGGAGAUUGGUACCAUAAUGUGGGGUUUUUGUUUGUUGGCGGCUUGUUGUCGUUCAUUAUUGGUUGGUUUAGGCUCUCGGCUGGCCCGUUGUUCGUGGUAAUCGUGGUAACUGCGUUGUUGUAUCGUUCCUCAGUCCGUAAGUACAGAACUGUUCUUCGUGAGCAAGCCCAGAGAGAGUUCUCUAUCAAGACCAUUGAAGAUGAUUACGAAACCAUGGACUGGUUCAAUGUGUUCCUUGAAAAAUUCUGGUACUACCUUGAGCCCUCAAUUUCCCAAAUUGUUUGCGAGCAAGUCAACCCUAUUUUGGCUUCGUCUCCUGCCCCAGCGUUCAUCAAGCAAUUGUGGCUUGAUAGCUUCACAGCAGGUACCAAACCUUUCAGAGUAGACAAAGUCAAGACUGUGCUCGGAACCAACGACGAUAUUGUGGUUAUGGACUGGCGGUUUUCCUUUACUCCUAAUGCGUUGGCAGAUUCCAAUAAUAAGCAAUUGAAGAACAGAGUCAACCAAAAAGUCAUUGUUAAGGCCCUGGUUUUUGGUUUCCCAGUCAUGGUGGCUGUAUCUGAUGUUUGCUUCAGUGCUAUUGCAAGAAUCAGACUCAGAAUGAUGUCUUCUUUUCCCCAUGUUGAAACUGUCAAUGUUUCUUUAUUGGAGCCUCCUCAUUUUGACUUCAAUUCCAGAAUCCUCGGCGACUCAAUCUUGAACUGGGAAGUUUUGGGACUCCCUGGACUCUAUCCGUUCAUCAAUGAGAUGGUGAAGAAAUACGUGGGUUCUCUUUUAUUUUCCCCAUUGUCGUAUCAAUUGAACGUUCAACAAUUGGUCGCAGGCCAUGCACUCAACUCAGCCAUUGGUGUUUUGGCGAUUACUGCCAAAUCUGCUCGUGGUUUGAAGGGGUUCACAACUUUGGGCAACACCUUGGAUCCUUAUUUGACCUUUGGUUUCCAAAAAGAUGUUUCUGCGAAAACAUCUGUAAAGGAUAAUACAGACAGACCUGUGUGGAACGAAACUGUCUACAUUACAAUCAAUUCGUACACCGAGCCAUUGAACAUUACUGUGGUGGACUAUAACGACGUGAGAAAGGACAAACCAGUCGGUUCCGUUCAGUACGAUUUGGAGACUUUACUCGAUAAUCCCAAGCAACCAAAUUUGACCACAGCAGUAAUGCGUAACAACAAACCUGUGGGUGAACUUCAGUUUGGAUUACACUUCAUGCCUAGUAUUGAAGCGGAGAGACAAGCUGAUGGUGCAAUUAUUCCACCACCUGAUUUGAAUACAGGUAUUGCAAGAAUCGAGGUUGCAGAAGGAAGACAUUUGAAGUCUGGUGAGAAACCACCAUCUACUUAUGUUGAGAUUUACUUGAAUAAUGAGAGAUUGCUUCAAAGUUCAGUCCAAGCUAACACAAAUAACCCAGGAUGGGCCUCCUCCUAUGAGAAGAUUAUAGGCAACAAAGCUAAGGCGAAGGCCAAGAUUGUCGUCAAGUUGAAGGGAGGCAAGACCUUAGGCAUUGUCAAAACUUCAUUGAACAAUCUUGUGGACGCUACUCAAGUGGGAGAGACCUGGUUUCCUUUAGCCAAAGGUGGAGAAGUUAGAAUCAAUACUUCUUGGAAACCUGUUGAGCUCGAAGGUGCUAGCGGAGCCGGUGGAUAUGCUCCUCCUAUUGGUGUUGUUAGAGUCAGUAUUGACAGGGCUGAGGAUUUAAGGAAUUUGGAAAGAAUUGGAACUAUCGAUCCAUAUGCGAGACUUCUUGUCAAUGGUUUCGAACGUGCUCGUACAGUUGCUGCCGACUCUACUUUGAAUCCUACCUGGAAUGAGAUCCAUUAUCUUACAGUUUCUUCUUCUAAUCAGAAACUCACCAUCGAAGUGAUGGACGUUGAAGCCCACUCGGCGGACCGUACAUUAGGCUCCUUUGAUAUCAAGUUGAAAGAGAUCAUCAACAAGGAUGAAAAAGGCAACUACAUUGAGCACGAGGAUGAAGAGAAGAGGGAGAACAAGUUGAUCACAAAGAAGGGACCCAAGGGAACUGUUACCUUUUCACUUGGUUUCUUCCCUACUUUGCCUGUAAUGACACACGAAGAAAUUCGUGAGCAGGAGGAAGAGAAAGAACAAGCAGAGAAACAGGCAAAGCAAAAGGAACAAGAGAAGGCCGAAGGUAAGAAUUCGAAGAAGGAAAAGCUGGAUCAAUCGCCUAAACACCAUGCCAAAGCUGAAAAAGAAGAAGGAAAAGAAGAAGAGGAGGAAGAUGCUGGAAAUGAAGAUGAAAGCGAACACAGUACCAAGUUGCAGUUGUCUUUGGAUCAGCUCUCUGAGUAUAAGAGUGGUGUUAUCAUCUAUGAGAUUAUUGAUGGCCAGAUAAGUAAGGACGAUACUUACUUGCAAGUGUUCUUUGAUAACCAUGGAUAUUGUGACUUUGCUACUCAGAAGUUGGAAAGCAAAAAGCCCAAGGUUGGAAUCACAGGAGAUGCCAUCAUCAAGGAGCUUGAAUGGUCAAAAGCAUGUUUCAGAUUGGCGAAAAAGGCAGAUAAUACUCGACUUGAUAAGUGUGUUGCGGAGUUGAACAUUCCCACAUUGCAAUUGUUGAAGAAUGGUUUUGAUGAACCAACCGAAAUUACACUUCUGGGAGAUGGUCAUGCUUCUUUCCGUAUAAGAUGCUCUUGGGUUCCUGUCAUUUACGAGCAUGGAAUCCCACCACAAGAUUCCAUCAACAAUUCUGGAAUUCUUACAUGCACUGUCGUUAGAGCUGAAAACUUGAUUUCCGCCGACCGCAAUGGUAAAUCUGAUCCUUACAUCAAGUUGCACUUGAACACAGAGAAAGAGCACUUUAUGAAGACCAAAAAGAUCAAGAGAACUCUCGAUCCUACAUGGAAUGAAAGUGGAGAAGUCGAAGUGGUUAACAUGUAUGAUUCGGUGAUCAAGGUGGUGUGUAACGAUUGGGACAUUGGUCCCGAGCAGGACGACCCAUUGGGCAUUGGCUACAUCAAAAUGUCUGACGUUGACUUGGAGAGCGAUGAAGAAGUACCAGUCAAAUUGAGACUUGACGAGGAAGAUGGAGGAACCGCUUACUUGAAAUUCAAAUUCAAGCCCGAAUUCGUUUUGAACCUCAGAAGUGUCAGCAGCAGCAAUAUUCAAGGAGCAAUUGGUGGUGUGGGCCAUGUCGGAAUGGGAGUCGGUAAAGGAGUUGGAAAGGGUGUCGGAAAGGGAGUUGGCACUGUAGGUAAAGGAUUUGGUGGAGGAGUGAAGGUUUUGAAGAAAGGAUUGCACCUCGGAAAAUCCGAGUGA